AUGGCUAAGGAAGUGUGUAAAAUAUUUCAAGAUGUUGAUGAGUGUUUUAUGAAUGGCGAGCCUGAUUUGAAUAAAAUAAAACAACUUGGAAAUUACAUCCAGGAUUGCUAUAAUAAUAAUCCAUCAGAAUCACAUAAAUGUAAAGAGAAUCUUCAAAUAAUUAUAGCUCUAUGCUCACAUCUAUUUAUUGAAUUACAAAAAAUUUCCAAUGGGCCACAGAAACGUGAAAAUAAUGAUAACCAAUAUGUUGAGUACGUUAUGAUGUGGCUAGGUUAUAGAUUAUUUCAAACAGAAACUUAUAAUUCAUCAACCUUAAGGAGUUUUUAUAAUAAUCAUUUAAUGAAAUCGGAUCUAUUUAGUAAUUAUACCGAUUUAAUAAAGAAAAAGGAUCAUUUAAAGGAGGUCAAGGUUUAUUAUAUGUGGAAAUUUUAUGAGUUAUUUAAAGAAGUAUGCUAUAUGACUUUGAAAUAUUCACCAAAUAAACUCGAUAUGAGAAAUAUUAAAAACGAUUUUAAAGUUUUUCAAAAUAAGUAUAAACAUCUUUAUAAUAAUAUUAACGAAUGCAAUUCAUAUCUUAUUUUAUUAAAUAGUAUAAAAGUAGCAUAUGGUUAUUUUAAAAGAUAUCUUAUUACGGGGGUUCGGAAAAACCAAAUAAAAGAACUAAAUUCUAUUCUUAAAGAUCUUAGCCCUAGAAUAAAAUUAGAUAAAGGAGCUACAUCUGGAUUUAUUUCCCGAGGAUGCAAAACUGUAAAUUCAAAGGCUGUGAACAAACCCUUCAAACCUGGGCAAAAAGUUCCAAAAGCUAAACCAGCGGAAUCAUCACCACGUCCACAUCAAUCACAAAAACAACCACAACAACAAACAGCACUCCAAACAGUACCCCAUCCACCAACACCAGCAGGACCAGAACUCAAAAAAUCCCAACCAUCGCCAGAAAUACUGCCACCAGCACCACCACUACCACAAAAGGAAAUACAACCACCAGACUCACAACCACAGACACAGCCACAAUCAGCAGAUCCAUUACCAUCACAAUCAGCACAAUAUGGUGGGUCGUCGCAAGUAUCUCAAACAGGAGGGUCAAAGAAUUCAAAUGAAUCAAAGGAUUCACGCAGUGGUAAAGAAACUACAGGGGGUACAAAUAAUAAUACAGGAGAUUCAAAUAGUCAAAGUGCACCAAAAACUUCAGACAAUAUUAAAGAAAAUACAGGAGGCUCAAGUAGUGAAAACGAAAAUCCUGGUGGUGGAUCAAAUGUUCCCACAUCAAGUACGCCAGAAGGAUCUUUUAAUUUUGGGUCAUCAUUUCUUGAAUUCAUAUUAAAAGGAAAUGAAUAUUAUAAUAAAGGUUCCAAAUUUAUUAAAGACAAUCACCAAAAGUUCAAAGAUGCUGCGGAGAAAAUCAGUGAUGCAUAUAAUCAAGCCAAGGAUAAUUUAAAAACUACUUACGAUAAAUCUAAUAAAUAUUUAAAUAACCUUAUUAAUGAUGUAAUUAACCAAUUGAAUAAAAACGAUAUGCCCUCUAAAUCAGGUGAUAAACAGGUUGACCCCGGCACCCCAAUUAAUGGGGGAAAACAAUCUAAUCAGCCACCAUCAACAAAUCUACUACCACCUUCCCUACCAAUUCCAUCAAAAGAUUCGCCAUUACCUCCACUAAAAGGCCCACCACCAACUCCGCCUCAAACUCCAUCUUCAACCCUAUCACUACCAAAGCAACCAUCUCCACAAUCCCAACCUAUUACACAUCAAAACCCACAUGUCCCAGUUCAAGUCAAGCAACCUAACCACCAAACAAUUUCUCAAUUGGUAAAAUCACUAAGUUUUAACCCAAACUUGAAAAAAAAAUGGAAUAUAUUUCCAACUACAUGGAAUGGAUCAGGGAAUUGCAAAUCUGAAAUAAAAUUGAUGAACACCACGUUAGUGUGUUGCACAUUUGAACAGUGUAGUUUAACUGGUAUUUCAGUUAUCCUUAUUUUAAUACCCAUUAUUUUAUCAAUUACAUAUAAGUAUUUGUCACGUGAAUGGACAACAAAAUCAGAAAAAAAAAACAUGAAAAGAGUUAUAAAUUCAAUUGGAGGGAAAAGACCGGUUCAAAUAAUUAUAAAAUCAUAUGAUAGGAACAAAGACCUAAAACCGGUUAUAAAUUCAGGUGGUAGAAAAAAAGAUCCAUUAUUAAAUAUAUACAAACUUAUGCAGGCUGAUCCUAUACCAUUUAUUAAUUUAUUUUUUUUGUUAAUUUUUUUUGUCUAUAAAAGAAAAUACGAUUUUUUGGAAUUAUAA